GCAGCCGCCGAGGCCCCGUUUCAAGAUGGCGGACGACAGUGAGACAGCAGUGAGGCGGCCGCUGGCGAGGCCUCAGCGGCCGUCGGCGGAGGAGAACGACCACGAGCACUGCAGCGACUGCGAGAACGAAGCGGAGCGCGGCUCGAAGCGGGGUGGCUUGAGUCCAGUGAAUGACAGCGGAGCCAAAAAGAAGAAAAAGAAACCAAAACGGAAGAAAGAAAAAGGAGGAGAUCAGCCCGACCAGGCUCAGGACCAGCCAAUGAAGGUCAACUCUUUGCCCGCUGAGAGGAUCCAGGAGAUUCAGAAAGCCAUUGAGCUCUUCUCUGUAGGCCAGGGCCCUGCCAAAACCAUGGAGGAGGCCAGCAAGCGCAGCUACCAGUUCUGGGACACGCAGCCAGUGCCCAAGCUCGGAGAGGUGGUGAACACCCACGGCCCCGUUGAACCAGACAAGGACAACAUCCGCCAGGAGCCAUACACUUUGCCCCAGGGCUUCACCUGGGACGCGCUGGACCUUGGGGACAGAGGCGUGCUGAAGGAGCUGUACACGCUGCUGAAUGAGAACUACGUGGAAGAUGAUGACAACAUGUUCCGCUUCGACUACUCUCCUGAGUUCCUGCUGUGGGCGCUGCGUCCCCCAGGCUGGCUGCCCCAGUGGCACUGUGGUGUCAGAGUGGUCUCCAGCAAGAAGCUGGUUGGGUUUAUCAGUGCGAUUCCUGCCACCAUCCACAUCUAUGAAACAGAGAAGAAGAUGGUGGAGAUAAACUUCUUGUGUGUCCACAAAAAGCUGCGUUCAAAACGAGUGGCUCCAGUCCUGAUCCGUGAGAUCACACGAAGGGUUCACCUGGAGGGGAUCUUUCAGGCUGUUUACACAGCAGGAGUGGUGCUGCCAAAGCCUGUGGGGACAUGCAGGUACUGGCACCGCUCCCUGAAUCCUCGGAAACUCAUCGAGGUCAAAUUCUCCCACCUGAGCAGGAACAUGACUAUGCAACGCACCAUGAAGCUUUACCGGUUGCCCGAGACCCCCAAGACUCCGGGCUUGCGGCCAAUGGAGCACAAAGACAUCCCUGCAGUGCACAAGCUCCUGACUGAGUACCUGAAGCAUUUCCACCUGACGCCCGUCAUGAGCCAAGAGGAGGUGGAGCACUGGUUCCUACCUCAGGAGAACAUCAUCGACACCUUCGUGGUGGAGAGCACCCCAGGGGAGGUGACAGACUUCCUGAGCUUCUACACGCUGCCCUCCACCAUCAUGAACCACCCGACCCACAAGAGCCUGAAAGCUGCUUACUCCUUCUACAACGUCCACACCAAAACGCCUCUCAUCGACCUCAUGAGCGACGCUCUCAUCCUCGCCAAGUCGAAAGGAUUUGAUGUCUUCAAUGCACUGGAUCUCAUGGAAAACAAAACUUUCCUGGAGAAGCUGAAGUUUGGGAUUGGGGACGGGAACCUGCAGUAUUACCUGUACAAUUGGAAAUGUCCCAGCAUGGCACCAGAGAAGGUUGGACUGGUGUUGCAGUAAGUGACCCUGUGAGGAUGGCACGCUGUCACUGCGGAGCCUGGCCUGGCUGAACGUGGCGCCACAUGGAAGUGAGCCAGCCCUGCCUGCCCCGACUGAUGUCACCGACUGCAUCCCCAGGCACCAGCAGUGCUCUCCUUUGUUUUGAAUUAAUUGCAUCCUCCUAAAGACAUGAUCAAGGGAAUGUAACUGCUGAAACUAGCUCAUGAUUGGCAUAUAAUGGAGUUAACGGGUGAAUAAUAAAAGUAUAUAUUAUAUA